AUCUGUUGGAUUUAGUGAGCGCGCGUUUCCAGUCUCACCGUUUCUCUAAUUUUUGCGCGUCGGUGGUUUAACGAAGACGAGUCUGGGGAUUUACUCCGAGUACAUAGCUCCGACCAUUUUAAUGGUUAUCUGGUAGUGGAGUAUAAUGACAGAUUUCAGUGAUAAUUGUCUAUCUGGCUUGAGUGACGAAGAAGUCAGUCUUAAUCUAAAGAAUCGCUUGUCAAAUCAUAGCAGUACAGGAAAGAAUAUGAGUUCGUUUAACAGAAUGUCUGGUAACCACAAGCAAGGCAGCGCUCUUCAUCAAUUAUCAAGUCUUCUUGGGCAAACCAUGAGACUAGAAAAUGUGGCUGACUUGAAAGAGGUACUCAAAUCAGUUGGUACUGGUUAUCAGCGUGGCCUCCCAACAAUACCAAUAAAUGAUCUCCGUGGUGAAGAAGCUGCUGCUUAUCCUCGGGAGGAUUGCGUAUUGAGACGUAGUUUGGCUGCUCUGUAUCGUUUGAUUGAUAUGAGAGGAUGGACGCAUUCAAUUUAUAACCAUAUAUCUGCAAGGUGCACUACAAAUCCCAAUCACUUCUUAAUUAACCCUUUCGGGUUACUUUAUCAUGAAAUUCAAGCCUCUAGUUUAGUGAAAAUAGAUGCAAAUGGUAAUAUAGUUGAUCAAGGUAGCUCAGUGUUAGGUGUAAAUAAGGCUGGUUGGACUCUUCAUUCUGCACUACACUCAGCUCGUAAAGAUAUUAAUUGCAUUAUUCACGUUCAUUUGGCUGAUGUAAUAGCGGUUUCGUGUCUUCGCGCAGGGCUCAUGCCUGUCAGUCCUGAGGCCAUUGAACUAGUAUCAAAUCAUGGAGUUCGCUAUCAUGAGUAUCGAGGUAUUCUGGUAGAUGAGGCAGAACGUUCUAGCAUUGUGAAAGAUCUAGGCUCUAAAGCAAAGGUUCUGUUUUUACGAAAUCAUGGUGUGGCAGUCACUGCUUCUAGUAUUCCCGAAGCAUGGUAUCUCGUUAAACGAGUAGUAACUGCUUGUCAGACCCAGAUGCGAUUGAUGCAACUAGGGAAUAUGACAAGUUUAUUGUCUGAUUUAAAGGAUAGUGCUGUGCAGCUAAUAGCAGACGGUCAAGCUGACCAGUCAGAAGAAAUAGGAUCAAAUGUCGUAGAUCAAGAUAAAAAUGGUCAUACAUCAUUGAAUGGUGGUAAAACUGGCAGUGAUAAUGGAGAUAUUUCAUGGACACCAGCAGAAUUAGAAUUUGAGGCUGAAAUGCGUGUUCUAGAUAGUGCUGGUUUCAGAACUGGUCAUGUUUAUCGUCAGCCUAAUUUACUGAGACGAACACAUCCUGGUUCAUCGUGGCCAGGAGAUACAUAUGGUGACCAAAUAACAGGGGCUGAUUUACUGACAACGGACUUUUCCACUAAUGAGUUCAGUGGGGCUGAAGAUUUGGCUGCAGCUGAAGCAGCGGGUGCUGAACAAGUGUCUAGAAUUGUUGAUCAUGUCCGUGCCAGUCGCCAAAAAAAUGCACAACGAAAUCAGUGGUUAGCAAAAGCUAAUGAACCACCACAAAACGGUGUGGUAACCAGCUCUAUGAUCGAUUCGCCCCGGAAAUUGUCCGGAACUAAAGGUUCAGGUGACUAUCGUUCUCAUCCAUUUACUUUGGAUUCUCCUGUCUGUUCACCUGUUAGACGAUCUGAACCCGGAAGCGCAUCAUCUCGUAUAGGAAGGGAUUCCCAUUCUCCUGUUAUACGAAGUCCACAUGAUGUUUCUGACUAUUCAAUCCAUAACGGUUCAGUCUCGAUCUCAGUAGACACCACGGCAUCCAAUAGUUUAACACCGAACAAACGAUUUAAUGAUUCCUGUGUAAAUAAGAGUGCAACACUACCUGCCAAUGUACAGCAUUUGUCUGUAAUGUCGAACUCAAAUACCCUUCAAUCGGUUGAUGGUGAUCUUUUGAAUAAUAAUGUUGAGGUUAUUUUUACGUUUUUUCUCCAUAUUUUGCAUGUUUUUAUAUUCACGAAUUGUUGUUGUCUUGCGAUUAUUAUUGGCAGUUAUGUAAUUUUAUUGGUAGUUACAGCAUGUCGUGAAGUCAGUUUUACUGUUCACGUCCUUGUGGUAUUGGUUUAGUUCAGUAUAUUCUAGUUGAAUGCAGUAAUACGAUAAAAGAUAAGAUAAUUAUCGCGUCGGUUUUUUUUCUGAAUUAAAAUUAUUCCAAUUUUGAGGAAUGUUAGGAAUUAUGUUUUAUUUGGACAUAACUUUUAUAUAGAAGUGAACAAAAGAUUGUAUUUCGAUAUAAUUUAGUGGUAUUUUUUGUUUUAAUCUCUUUAAUCAGUAAUAAUGAAUUUUGUUUCGUAUAAUUCGAUUAAUAUUUAGGGAAGUAAAACGCUUGAGAAAAAGAUCAAAAAGAAAGGAAGCUUCCGAAUGCCAUCAUUCUCCAGAAAGAAGAAACACUAGCAAUAAACUUAUAAUGAUGCCUACUACACACCUGCUUGUAUUUGUUUCCAGUUCCUUUUUCAUGCAUUCACUUUCAUGUCUCUGUGGUCAUAUAUAUUACUAUUAUACAGCUUUGUCUAAAUUUAAAAUAACGGCUAACUAAAAUAAUUUGAUAAUUGUUAUUGCAUAAAGAUAUACAGUCAUCAGAUGUUAGUGGUGUUUUCCCCUGUUUUAUUUUGUGCUCUUAUAUUAAUUUUCCUUACUGAUUGUUGAAGUUUUCUUUUUUUUGCUUAUCAUUUAUCUUUUUUUUGCUAAUUGUUAACCAGUCGAUAACUUCACUUAAUUAAGUCUUAACUGCUAUUUUUGUUCAGUUUUUUCUGUAUGUGUGUGAGCUGCCUUCAUUCGAAUCGCUACAUAGCUUUUUAUUGAUAAUAAUCAUUGUUUUAUAAAUUGUCUGAUCAUUAGUAUUAAUGGUCCACAAACAUGUUUUGAUUACUGAACUAUUUGUUCGGUACUUCAAAAAAUUCACAUAUUCCCACUGUCUCAAGGAGAUAUCGGUUCUUGAAUAUUUUCUAACAUGAUAAAAGAAUAAACACUUCACUUCCCUAAUUUCCAUCUUGGAAAAUAGAAUUUUUAGCAUUCUAACACAAGUAUUUGUGGAGUAACACUAUGAAAUUUUAAUUUCCUCUUUCUCAUACUGUGUAUAUUCGAUUAUAUAAACGCCAUCAGUCUUUUACUCCAGAGAAUUUCUCACAUAUAAUGUCCUUAACUCUUUUUCUCCUUUAUCAGAUAUGAAUCAUUAUUGUGGUUUAACAAUGUAUGAGUUAUAUAUAAAUUUGUUUACAUUUUAUCAGGAAUAUGAUAUGCUAUUCCUCUUGAUCUACCAUUUUCUCCAAGUUUUUUGUAUUUUAAAGUCUUAGAAAUUCAAUCGUUUUCCGUUAUUUUUUCCAACUCAGCCCAUAUUUUUUGUUGGUUUCAUCUACUUCAUUAGUGUCUCAUUUCUUUCGUAUCGCCAUCUAAAGUUUGUUCAAUUGUUCAGCUUAGUGUUCUUGGUUAUGUGCUUACGAGUCUAUGGCUCUCCUUGUAAUAUCGUGUCGACAAACACUUAGUAUACUCGGAACUUGUUUUUUUGACGUUUAUUAUUAUAUUCUGAAUAAUAUUUUAGUCUAAUCACAAUAGAAUUUUUUGUUUGGUUAUUGAAUAUGCCUGAAGACUAAACUUCUUACGAUGGAAAUUUUAUUUGUUGUGGACGAUAUUGUUUUUAGAUAUUCAGUUAGGUGUAUAUUAAUUUUUUUAUUAUUCGCAAAUCCGAAAACAACGACUGUUGUAUCCUAACUCAUGGGUGUAAAUCAGAAUACUGGUACAUUUUUAUUGUGUAUAAUUCCGUUUACAGAUGGUUAAAUUUGGACAGUUGGAUUCUUUAAACGACAAAUCGUUGAAAAAUCUUACGAAUGCAAAGCAUUAUUAUAGUGUUAUUUAACCGCUAUUCGGAAUUCAUUUUCAUAUUACUCUUUAAUUUAUUACAUUAAAUCUGAAUCUCUAUAAAGAUUUAUUGUGAACAUUAAGUUAAAGUAAAUAUCAUAACUGUGUUUGGUUAACAUUCAUAGGAUUUGAAAUAUCUUAAUCGUAUUUAUAUCUAGGGAAAACAAUUUGUUGUUUCAUUGAUUUCGUAAUAAACUAUUUUGAAUCCGUGACAUUACGCCCUAAAGCUGAAUAUCUUGAUUAACUAAUUUAUGCUUAAUCAGAAAUAUUUCCUGCUAAAUACGAAAGUACAGGUCUUGUAAGAACACCUGUGCAUAGUACGUUAUCUUACAUACCGUUACAUAAUUAUGAGAUACUGUCCUUUACUUUAUAGAUUUACUUUUAACUACUCGAGAUGGCUCCUUUCAUGACGCUUUUGUUUCAUUAAUUUGUACACGAAUUCUAAAAUACAUUGUAUGGAGUAGUGAGAUUUUUUACAACUGAGUAACUUUAACAGAAUUCAAGCCAUUUUUAUACUCCAACUAAUUUAAUGAACAGAUUCUGCGGUUCGAUUGUUGUACUAAGAUAAGUAUAAAGAUUGCUAAUUGAU